UACUAUUAUACUAGAACUUGGAACAUUUCCUGUACAUUACAUCACUUAAAAGAAUCUGUACUUUUGAUUAAACCAAUAUUUUGGUUUUACAGGUCAGGGCUAUCUCGUUGAUACUAAAUUCAAUAAAGGUGUAUUUUUGUCGAGUAAAAUGAUAGGAGUACAAGAGACAGUCGAGUGAUGCAUCAUCAUCAUCAGAUGCAGUCCACUCCCAAGUCCGCCUGGCCUGCGAAUUACAACUCGGAAAAUAAUAACGUAAACUGAAAUAACGCUAUGGACGCUUCUCAAUAUCCCGGGUACCCUUCAAACUACUGGUACCCCCAGUCCCAUUGCACAGGGCACUAUGCUAAUGCCUAUCCUGCCUCGGGAUCAGAUCAGCCUCCUUACAAUCCCCAGGCAAUGCCAACGUAUCCUAGCGGCCAUGUCUACAGCCCUGGUCAGGGCCAGUAUUCGCAGAACGCUUUCCACCCGUCCAACCCUUUCUACGGCGCCGACCAGAUGCCUCCAGGGCAGCAGCCAGGGCCGUACCCUGCCCAGUGCCAAGGCUGCCCAGGGCCGGAGCAGAGCACAGGGGGCUCCGGACAAUCACACGGCCCACACCACCAUCACCACCACUAUCCCGCUCCACACUGUCAAGGGGGUCCUGGAUAUCCCCCUGGGUCUUAUCCCCACUACGGGGAAGGGAGUCACGCGUUGCCCCAAAACCCACCAUACCCUGCUGGGCAGGGUCUUCACCCCAGGUCCCAGGUUGAGGCCUGGGCCCACCCUGGUGCAUACGGGCCCUCGCACCCACAGCAGCACCCACAGCAGCACCCACAGCAGCACCCACAGCAGCACCCACAGCCGCAGCAGCAGUGGGCGCCUGGCACCCAGCCCCCCCACAGCCACUAUGGGAACCCAGUGCGUCCUGCCCAGCCUCCAGCCUGGCCUGGGACCGGCACUGGAGCCCCCCCACCGUACCAACCCAAGGACCAACACUACACAGGACCCCAGCCACACCAGCACCAACGAGCCCCACAAGUGGGCCCCAAACACAGGCCGGGACCCUCCCCAAACCCCCCCAACGGGAAACCUGUAGACUUCAGUUCCCCGCCCCAGAUGUACAACAGAACGGUGAAGGGGGGCGGACAGACGGAGCCUAGGCCAGCCCAGGGUGACUCUUCACCCUGUGGCCCAGCCCCUCAGCCCCAAGGCCCUCAAGCUCCACCCCAGCCGCAGGCCCCGAUUGGGCCCCAGCCCCUGAGCGACAACCCCAGCCUGGCCAAAGUCCAGCAGAUCAUGGCACGGGUGCUUCUGCUCCAAGAAGACGUUGACGAGUUUGUGGGCAAAAAAUCAGACAAAAGUUACCGGUACCUGGAGGAACUGCUGACCAAGGAGCUGCUGGAGCUGGACUCUGUGGAAACGCAGGGACUGGACACGGUCAGGCUGGCCCGCAAGGAGGCCGUGAAGAGGAUCCAGCUCAUCCUUGACCGGCUGGAGAAGAAGGCUUUCUGAUCUGGACCAGCUCCUUGCUCUGAGCAUUGGACUGAUUCUGGGGCUCAGGGUGUGAGACCGCCUCAAAGUUUGUUUGUCUUUCUUUCUUUUUCGUGACAAAUCUUCCAUUGACAGAUUGAGCAGCUAGUUUGAUCCAGACUUCUUCCUUACAGCCCAACGAUGAAGCCUAAACUCAGUUGACGAUUAUAAUGAUGUGUCAUUUAACCCUAAUUAAACCCGUCACAGGAGUCGUUGUUGUCCUUCUCCACCAUAAGAUGCAGAGAGGUCUGGAAGGCUCCAGGGAUAGGGACGUGAUAGAAAGACAGGACUGGAAUUAGGCCUGUCUGUGUUGGCUCGUUUAUGCUGUCAAGAGUCCAACAUAGGAAACGCUGUUCAGAUUAGAGGUAUAGAUAUUCAAGUUUAUCUCUACUAACCCUUCAGUGUUUGCCAAAGGACAGUAAAUGGGAUUUCGAACCAAGUGUAGUUGUUAGCCAUGAUUGCUUUCAGCAUAUUAUAUAUCUGUCUUUUGGCAGCCUAAUACAAGCUUUCCGAGAGAAACUUCAUGAAGAUUCACCAUGUUAUGUUUUGGAAGAGGGAGAGGCCUCCUCUGACCUCUGACCCUGCCUCUCUCGAGGUCAGGACUUGGCAGGAGUCCAGAUCACAUGACCAGAGACAUACACAUGUUCUUAACCGGCUCAUAUAGAUACACCUCAAAUGCUUUUUUGUGAGGCCACACCCGGUGACGACACACAGUACACCUAAUAGGUAACGCUGUGUGCUUUGGGCUCAAGGCCCAUUCUCAAUCCAUUCAUAUUCCCUGUACCUGUUAGCCUACUCCUAUUGCCCCGCCCACUUUACCCUAGCUCAUAGGUCAGUGUAGAGCAGUAGUGUAGAAGGAACAGGUUUAAUCUGUGGAAAAUCCACAACCAAUCAGAUGGCUCGGUUGAAGAUGGGGGACAGGAAACGUGACGGGUGUUUUCAGUUUUCUGUAGCGGAUGACCAAUCGGCUUCUAGAUCUAAGCUCGAGCAAUGUCUACCUCACCAGGGUUCCUGUCACUAAGGUUUUGUUUUACAUGUCUCCUAUUUUUUGCAAUGCCAUGAGAUUUACCCUUUUAGACACCCCCACCUUCUAGGUCAUCAUCGCCAUUGCCGGCACCCUGUCACAAUGCUGUCUGUGUUCCUAUAGCCUUUGAAGUCACCACAGGAAGGUUGGCAUUGUUUUUUUCCCCAGUCAUCUUUUAUCAUGCAUGCACUGUCAUAUCACCUGUAUCUCAGAGGGCACUGAGGGGGUUUGAAGUUGGUGCUUGAACCGUUGCGAUGGGGAAAUGGGGUUUACUAACUUGUCUUGCUACAUCAGCAAAUAGUUUGUCCUCGCUCUAUUGAGUCACCAAAAGAAUCACUUUUCUGUAGACUGUGUGAUCCACACGUCCUUGUUGAAAUCACUCAAGACGUCUCAUUUCUGUAAGGGGGGGAAAAUGUGCCAUUUAAAGAGGUGGGCGUUUUUAUAUUGUUUAUAAAAUAAACACUAUCACUUUAAGCUUUGCAUGGAAGAAAAUGUUAUUUGUUUAUUUUCUGUGUUAAAAUAAAGCAUCAUUGUAAAUUAGUUCACUGUUAACUAAAAUAAAUAUAUAUUUGUAACAUAGAGGACAUGUAAAAUAAA